AUGGCGAGGGAGAUACAAGAGGGAAUGAUUUUGCACGACAAAACUGAUAUCGCCAUCUGCGAUGAUGUCGUCUCCAAAAUUUUUCAAUCACGCCAUGGGAAAGCUUACCUCUUUAGAGCCAAUGUGUAUGCUGAGAAGAAAGAAAAUAGAAUGAUGAUGACUGGACUGCACACUGUUGCCGAUAUUUACUUCGUUAAAUGCGGUUCUUAUGUUGGAUGGAGAUAUGAGUUUGCUUUUGAGAAGAACCAACAGUACAAGGAAGGAAAAUCAAUUCUUGAAAGGUACAAGAUUUGGUGCCAAGAUGGGAACAACUAGCUAAUGACAUUUGUUUAUAGUCAAUGACAUGUGUUUGUUUAUAGCUGAAUGUGUUUGUUUAUAUUCUUGACAUGUACAAGAUUUGUUCGUUUGUAGAUGAAUAUUCUCUACUUGUAGAAAAUGAACUCUAUUUAGUGACUUUUGUACCCAGUGAAUUUGUUCAUAGAGUUUGACUGUACCCAAUUAACUAUGUUUGUUUGUAGAUUAAUGGUUUUUGUUUAAUAUGUGUUCUCUGUUUUGUAGACAAUGAAGUAUAUUUUGUUACCUCUAUAGCCAAUGAAUUUUCUUAUAGAUUUUGAUUAUGUUGUUUUGCCUUGCUUGUUUUGGAAGAUUUAGUUCCAAUUAAG